UGUCCAUGGUUGCUGAGUGAUAGUGCCCCUCAACAGUUUGAGCAAUGUUGGAAACAGAAGAUUUCCUCUGAUGAAGAAGUGUUGAUGAUUGUAUUUCAACUACAAAACUAUUGCCCUGUAGGUUUGUUUGAAACUCUUUCAGUGAAACUAGACAAAUACUUCAUUUGCCGUAAAGACUGGCAAUAUGGCAUCAUGGCAGUCAGUGAGGUGGGAAAGAACAAAAUUUUGGUGCAACUUGAACCAAAACAAAGAAGUGAGGAAAUCCUCAUUUCUGUAAGAACACAAAGCAAGAAACUCAAACAAGCAUGGGAGGUUAUGGUGCAGAUCAUCAAUACAACAAAGGAGCUCCUCCAACAGUGGCCAGGUGUACUGUACUGUGUCCGAGUGGUCUGUCCACACUGUCUGAAGCAAGGAGAGAAAAAUCCUCACCGGUUCUCUGGAGCUGUUCUUGACAAGGCACCAAGAGGCACUGUUGUGUGCCCCAAAACAAUGGAAGAGAUUGAUCCCAGACUGAUUCACCCAGAAAUAAGCCCAGCUCAGUGGCAGCAGAGGAGAAAGAGAGCCCUUGAGGAGAGUGGGAAGAGCCCAGCUCCUGAGGAGAUCAUGAUGAUGGAGAAACAACCACGAUAUUCAGAACCAGAACUAGAACCUGAAAAUACAGUGAGGAACAACACAUCAGUUCAUACAACACAUGUUUCCAAGGACUGUCUUGCACAAAACAAUGCUGACACAGAAAAUGUAUGGGAAAGGUUCAGAAGUAUGUCGAUAGAGAUGCAGCCAGGAGAUGAAGGUAACAGACUUGCAGCCCACCUGAUGGAGUCAGGCCUCACACUUCGCCCAGACGUGCCCAGAGAUGGGAACUGCCUCUUCCAUGCAGUAUCUGACCAACUUGUGCGCACUGGAAGUCAGCCAACCAGUCACUCACAGCUCAGACAAGACGUGGUCACCUAUCUGAGGCAACAUCCUUACAAUGGGCAGGGUGAUCACCUUUGUAAGUUUGUACCAGAUAAAGACUGGGAAGACUAUUUACAGGAGAUGUCACAAAAUGGAGUGUGGGGAGACCACAUUGUUCUACAGGCCUUUGCUUCCAUGUUAGACAGGGACAUUAGGAUCGUGUCCAGCAUUGAUGCAGACAACUACACAACCAUACUGACACCUAUGGGAAACCAACAAGAUACAACAGGACCACCACUACUGCUUGGUCACUAUGCUGAAAACCACUAUGCCAGCCUGGAUGUCUGCCAAAGAUGUGCGGUCCUGCUAGUCAGUGAUGAGUAUGGCACUUCCAAGGGUGGGAUUUCCACCAUCAACCAACAGCUGGCACUACUAUUAAGACGUUUUGGAGCAGUUGUGUACUGCACAGUACUAUGGGCAACAACAGAAGACCAGGAAGAAGCAAGAAAAGAUGGUGUCCAUCUCAUCAGUCCAUUUGUGCGACCUGGAGACAAAAGGAAACCAUCCUUAGACUGGCUCACGUAUGACCACCAUAUCAGAUUCCCAAACCUUCCUGAAGAUGUGGGCUACAUUGUUGGUCAUUCUGGUAUCACAGACAAGGCAGCCGAGGAUAUAAAAAACAGCCGCUAUCCACAAGCAAAGCUCUUCACAUUCAACCAUACAAUACCUGAAGAUACAGAACACUACAAGGGAGGACAGAAAACAUUGAAAGCAUGGGAAAAAGAAAUGGAAAUACUCAAGGUAGCUGCUGCUGCAGAUGCUGUUUUCUCUGUGGGUAAACGAAUCUACGACCACUUCAAAACCAUGUACAAAGGAGACAAGAACCCAAAGAAACAUCACCUCUUCCUCCCAAAGCCUUCCGAGACAUUUGAGAACACUCAUGUCAAGCCAGGAGGAGAACAGAAAGUUGUCUUGUUUAUCGGGAGAGUAAAAAAUGUUGAACGACUCAAAGGGCACGACUUGGCAGCACUGGCGAUAGGCAAAGCUGCAGAGGAGAUAGCAAAAUAUAAUACUAGUAUCCGAAUGCGUGUGCGUGGCAUCAGUGAAGAUGAUUUUGAGACAAGCCAGAGAAUCCUAGAAGACAACUUGCAAAGUGGCAGACUCAAACCAACUCUGAUUCCCUAUGGCACACAGAAGGAGAUCAGUGAUGACAUGAAGACAGCCCAUCUAGUCCUGAUGCCAUCUCGGGCUGAGCCGUUCGGACUUGUUGGACUGGAGGCCCUGGCAGCAGGCAUCCCUGUCCUCAUCUCAAGCCAAUCAGGACUUGCAGACCUAAUCAACGACUUGAUCCAGACAGGAAAAUGUGACGCAGACCUCAGGCACAGGAUUGUGGAAACAAGCGUGAAUGUUAGUGACCUGGACAAAGAUGCAUGUAAGUGGGCAGAUAAAAUCGUGGACACUCUCAGGCGGAAUGAUGAAGAGUUUAAGAAAGCAGCCCGUUUCAAACAGCAACUUCAGGACUCCAAGUAUUGGGAGGAAUCUCACCAAAUUUUCCUCCAGGCAUGUGGCAUUACAAAUACCUCUUAGAAUUAUAUAGUACUUAGUAAGUUGGAGUCAGGAAACAUGGGAGCUGAACAACAGGAGAUAACUUUUGUAAUGACCAUCUGAAAUCUAUGAUUUUGUAUUGGUUGGAAACAUUCUUUCUCCUCAGUGAGCACACAUAUGUUGCAAUGUACAAGAAAAUGAAAUAAUAUAAAUUUUAACUGUUGGAAGUGGCAAUGAAUAUUUUUGUUGAAGACAAUAUGACAGUUUGACUGUAAAAUGUUUUCCAACUGAACAAAUCUUGUGUAACCAAACCAAAUGUGCAAUCAAAUGAAAGUAAAAUGGAUAAGUUACAAAUACAGAAAUGUGUUGCAUGGCAAAUUGUAGAUAAGUCAUACAGUAACCACCUUGUUCAUCUAGACCUCUAGUGCAGCUCUAGAUCUAACCCUCUUCCUGCUUCAGGUCCAUACAGUUUUCUAUAGUUGUCUGUUAACUUUGAUGUCAAUAAUUUAAAAUAUUAUAUUUUUGUACGUUUGAUGUAAAUAAAGAUUAUAUUUUUGUAUGUUUGGUGUAAAUAAAGAUUAUAUUUUAUA